UUCGAAACUCCUUUCGUUCUCUUUCAAUUGCGGUAACAUAGAUUACGUUUAAUUCUAUAACAUGGCACUCGCAAACAAGAAGGUAGAGAAACUCGAUCGUCCUGACGAGUACCAGAAGAUAUUCCACUGGGCAGAGACGCAACAGAAUGGUGCAGUGCCUUCAUUUGCAACCCGCAAAAAUGAUCCUUACCAGUAUCAAGCUGGAUUCAACAAUCAUUUCGAGUCUGAGGCGGUGCCUGGCACCAUUCCUCGUGGUCAAAACAGUCCGAGAUGUGUGCGAUUUGGCCUUUACGCAGAGCAGAUGACUGCAUCUGCUUUUGUUGCACCGAGACACUUAAACAAGAAUGCUUGGCUCUACAGAUCGAGACCAGCAGUCGCACACCAGGGGUUUACCAACUUGCCUGACAACUCAAAUACUGAGACCAACUUUUUGCCUAUCAACCCGCGCGUCCAUGUCUCGCCGACUCAACUUGCCUGGCUUCCUUUUGAUAUUGCCGAGACGAAGCAUGAUUUCGUCGAGGGGCUCUGUACCAUUGCCGGGUCUGGCGAUCCAACCUUGAGAGAGGGUCUGGCAACACAUGUCUUCACAGCCAAUGUCUCUAUGGAGAACAAAGCAUUUGUCAACUCUGAUGGCGACUUUUUAAUCGUGGCUCAGGAGGGUGCACUUGACAUUCAGACCGAGUUUGGCAAACUAUACGUUCAGCCAGGCGAGAUUUGUGUCAUUCAGCGUGGCCAACGUUUCAAGGUGAAUGUCGAGGGUCCUACUAGAGGAUACAUCCUCGAGAUUUGGGGUGCCAACUUUGAGCUGCCAGAACUUGGAGCAAUCGGUGCCAACGGAUUGGCCAAUGCCAGAGAUUUCCUGAGCCCGGUUGCGUAUUACACGGUCACCAAAGAUGACCCCUGGAAGAUUGUGUACAAGCUUGGUGGCAAAUUCUUUGAGAGCAAACAGAAACACUGCCCCUUUGAUGUGGUCGCCUGGCAUGGAAACUACGUGCCUUACAAAUACGACUUGACCAAGUUCGUCAACAUUGGAAGCAUCAGUGUCGAUCACAUCGACCCGUCCAUCUUCUGCGUCUUGACGGCACGCUCGCGCGACCCAGCAGCUCCUCUAGCCGACUUCCUUAUCUUCUCACCUCGCUGGGAUGUUGCCUCGAACACGUACCGCCCUCCAUACUACCAUCGUAAUGUCGCUUCCGAGCUGAUGGGUCUCAUCUACGGCGAGUACGCGGGCCGUAGCGACGAGUUCCAACCUGGAGGUGUCAGUUUCGAAUGCGGCAUGGUCCCUCACGGCGUGGCGUAUCAGGAGUUCAAGGCCGCUUCUGCACAGCCGCCUCCAGAGAUGCGCAUCUCGGAGGGUGCAGUAGCUUUCAUGUUUGAGAGCUCCAGACCAUUCACAAUCACCGAUUGGGCUAUUAAAAGCGACAAGAUUCACGAGCAUGAUCCGGCUAUGUGGGAUGACCUAGUCGACAACUUCUCGCAGCAUAAGGAUGAGGUUGAUGAGAUCUUGAAGAAAGCGGGGAAGCUGAGCUUGUAGGCGUAUGUAUUGUGCAGAGAUCAUGAUUGGUCGCAAUGCACUUUGUGGUAGACAGGUCAUUUGCGUAGCUGCUUUUGCAUGUGAAG